UCUCGUCAGUUUUCUUUCCGCUCCCGAAGAGAGCAGAGCAGUUCGAAUUUUCUCUACAGGCCUCGGUGCGAGUUCGGUGCGCGAGGAUCGCGCAAACACUUUCGAUCGAGAAUUAAAAUAAAGCAAAAACGCGCGCAUCAUCAUGGUGCUGAUGACACUGACCUUCAUGAAUCUGGAAGCGGACGUCCACGAGAGAGACAGCGAGGGACGCACCACCCUCAUAUACGCGGCGCAGAUCGGCGAUUUCAGCCUCGUGCACAGCUGCUACCUCAAGGGCGCGGACAUAAACGCCACCGAUUGCACCGGUAGGACGGCCCUGGCGAUCGCGGCCAAUCGCUGGAAGGACCCGGAAUACGAAAAGGUGGUGCAGUAUCUGCUACUGCGCGGAGCCGACCCGAAUCGCGAGGACCGCGACGGCAUGACGCCGCUGCUCAACGCCGCCUACGCCAACUACGACGAUCUGUGCCUGAUGCUGAUCGGCUGCCGGGCCGAUAUCCAGCACAAGGACCGGCAGGGUCGCAACGCCCUGGUCCUCGCCACUGUACGCGGUCGCUGCGAGUGCGCCGCCACUCUGCUGCGCCACGGCUGCAAGCACGACUAUCUGGACGAGACGGGCGGCAGUCUCCUGAGCAUCGCCGCGCGCACCGGCAGCCUCGGCCUCGUGCGUCUGUUUCUCGAUCGCUGCGCUGCGACGGGCCUCGACCCGGAGCAUCUCGAUCAGGACGGCAGGACGCCGCUGCAUCUAGCCGCGCUCAAGGGCUACGCGACGAUCUGCGAGACUCUGUUGGCGCGCGGCAAGGCCGACGUCGACAGGUGCGACAAGGAGGGCAAAUCGGCCCUGAUACUCGCCGCUCAGGCCGGCCAUGUGAACGUCGUCAAGGCGCUGCUCAAGAGGAACGCCUGCGUCAACUACGAGCCCUUCGGUGGAUUCAACGCGUUCAGCACGGCUAUGCGCGCGGGACACUCCGACGUCGCGCGAGUAAUCGCGGAUCACCUGGAGAAACUUCGGAAGGGUCGAACGUGUACAUUCUUUGGAAUAAGAAUAAAAUAGAUGGGAUGGAGAAGGAACAGAAGGAAAGAAAAGAAAGAAAUAAUGUUCCGGAACGCGUCUGCUCUUGUAAAUAUUGUAAGUAUGUCUAGUGAUACUAGGCAUGUCCAGCGUCUAUUGUAAAUAUGUCAAUAAACUUAAGUCAUGUUAAUAAACUUAAGUUGUAAAGUAUGUCAAUAAACUUAAUCGAUAAAAAA